AUGCAGUUCAAGACCCUCAUUUCUCUCGGCCUCAUGGGCAGCUGCGCCGUGGCUCUGCCGGGCUCUUGGUCCUCAGCCUCCUCCUUUUGGACCUCAGCCUCUUCAUCCGCUACUCCUACUCCUUCCAUCGGUCCCCUUGACGGCCCUCCCGCCGUCCAGGCUGCCGAGUCGAAGUUCUACGCCGACUACAACAGCUUCCUGGCUGCCCCCAGUGGCUCUGCCAAGCAGGCCCUCUACUCCAAGCUGAACCCCGACCUGCAGGCCAUCCAAUCUGCGAAGGCCGCUGCCUGGUCCUCUUCUGCCGUGGCUCCCACUGUCUCGGCCACCCCUACUCCUCGCCGUUAA